AUGGAGGUGUCCGGCAGAACGUCUCCUGAUGGGCUGCUUCUCAUUGGUCCAGGCCAAGCUGGAACCCGAGUUGAUGUUCCGUUUCCGCCAAACUCCAGCACCCCCCUCCUCAAAGCAGGACUGAAUGCCAUUGCCCUGUACAGAGGGGUCAACAACAGUAGCUUUGCUCCGGGGACUGUCACCUCAGCCACAGACCUUCUGGAUGCCUUGGUUUACACGACUGUGGAAGGCACGGAUUCAAGACUGCUGGACAUUUUGAGCCCUGGGAAACCCAUCUUCUAUGGAAGAGAGCGAUCCCAGCAGGGUAAUUCGUCUAUGAAUAGGUGUGUCUGCUGCUCCACCACCCGCGAUGCCUCUGUCUAUGCGCUUGGAAAGCCGACGCCGCGGUACUUCAACGAUUGCCCCAAGAAGCGUUUCAGUGAAGAAAUUUCCUUGUGUCUUCAGGGGGCAGGUUGCCAGCAAGAAUCCUCAGUGCGACACAACACAGUAAUGCUUUUGGCCCAGGCCCUGGGUAAGCAGUGCGGCUGUGGAGUGUCUCCUGCUCAUUUCAGAGAUGCUGCUGUAGCUUGCCAGGGCCCAGACUUGGUGUUCACCGCUCUCCUGAUGGCCAGAUCAGCAGAAGAACUCACCGGUCUGCUACAGGACUUCUCUCUCUUCCUGGAGAGCAAGGAGGUGGUUGGCUUUGGAGAAUGGAAUGGCACAGUGAGGACAACAUGCUUGAGAGAUGCCAACGUGACAGAAACGCCUCCAGCAGCAAUGCCGGAGAAGCCAGGAUCAACAGAGGGGUCUCCGAUCGCACAGGCCAAGCUCCUUAUCAAUGAGGUGAAUCCAGACAACCCUGGAGCCCGAGAAGAUACUGAAUACGUAGAGCUCUUUUAUCCCGGAUUAGUGCCCUUUGACCUCCGUGACUACUGGCUUGUCCUUUAUAAUGGCAAGAACAACUUGGCUUACAAGGUGGUGAACCUGACGGGUCACCGCACCGACGAUCGAGGCUACUUCCUGGUGGGCAGCGACGGGGUGACCCCCAAACCCUCGAUUAUUCUGCCCCCCAAUACUAUCCAGAAUGGAGUGGAUGCUGUGGCUCUCUACCACACCACCACAGCGAGUUAUCAAACCAACAUGGCCUUGACUGACGAGGGGCUGGUGGACGCCGUGGUGUACAAGUCCCGGGGCUCAGAAAAGGCCGACAAGUUGCUUGCGGUUCUUGCUCCGGGUCAAAACGUCCUGCACGAAGACGACUCCCACAGCGACCAAGAUGAGUCUCUGAGCCGGUGUCGCAGUCUAAGGCCUAGAAACCACGACAGCUUCCAGGUGACCGCAAUCACUCCCUCUCAUGAAAACGCAUGCCCACCUCCUGGCUCCAAUUCCACAGAGUACGUGGCUCACAACCACUCUGUUUUGAUCAAUGAAGUGGGCUUGGCUAACUGUUCUGUCCCUUACCAGUUCGUUGAGAUAAAAGGGACGCCCGGUGCCAGCUUGAAAGGAUACUCCUUGGAGUUCUUCUCUAGCCAGGAUCACAAGCCAUAUGCGAGCAUCCCACUGCAGGGGACAUUUGGAAGUGACGGUCUGUUUGUCCUCCUUUCAGAACAACGGUCCAGGCCUGGCAAGGCUCAUGAUCAGCUGGUCACACCCUCUGUUUGGAGCAACCUUUCUGCACAGCAGCAGUUCCAUGCUGUUGCAGUGACCAGCCAUGCACUGCAAAUCCAUAACAGCACGCUGGCGACCGGGCAGAGCCUAGAAGAUGUGGUGGCUUUUACUCUGAAGCCUCGUGCCAGCCAAAGUCAUCUGGGCUUUCUGGGACCAAUCCACGUAGUUUCAAGCACAGGAGAACGGCCAGUUUCCUUGAGCCGCUGUCCUUCUUGCAGCACAACCUUUGCCGUCUCAGAAGUCACUCCUGGCUCAGAGAAUAGCUGUCCCCAGGAGUCUCUUUCUGUGGUUCUUGGAAUAUGCCUACAGACACCCAAUUGCUCCAUGUGGCCUCAGAACCCCUUGAUGCUGGCUGGUCUCCAAAAGGCGCUGGCAGACUCCAUGGAGGAGAGCUGUUCCUGUGGCAUCUGUCCGUGUUAUUUGCAAGGACUUAAUUUCACCUGUUUCAACUCCAUCCUGAAGCCCUCCGGUCAACUGUGGGCCAGGUCCUCCAAGCAGCUGCAGCAGCUUACCAAGUGGCAGGCUGACUUUCCCAGGAGCCCGCGCCUCUUGGUGGUGGACGGAAAGCCACUCAGGUCAAGUCUGUCAUGCUCAGCAUCAGACACGACAGUCCAGUCUGAAGCUUCAUUCCAGGCCUGGGAGAUUGCUCUUGCUAUCUUAGGAUCCAUUUUGCUUGCCCUGCUGUUAACUGGUGUCGCGUUGUAUGUCAUCAAAAGGCGGCCUCAGAGUUACACCACCAUUGAGAUGAAUGACCGCUGUGAGAUUAUGGCAGACAUUUGAUGCCGUUGGGGACCCACCUUGGCCAGGAAAAGGCCUUUUCUGGCACUGAAGGAGAACACCGGAAUUGCCUCUGCACUUGCCUGGCAUAUGCACUAAUGCGCGAAGAAUGCAACACUGUGCAUUUUAAGAAGUCCUAGAUUAUUAUUAUUUUUUAAUCUUCUGACUUUGGGAUAUGUGAAAUCAGCCUCUUUUGUUUCCACGGAGGUGUCUGCUUUCCCUCUCAGCGCUGUCAAAUAUCCAUGGCAAGCCUGCAAGAGAGUCUUGGAUAGCAUUGCUUUUCUGAAGAGCCGGUGUGCAUCCCUGGUUCCUGGGGGUCCCCCCACCCCCAAACUAGCUGUUGUACAAACUGAUCACAAACUGCUGCAUAUUGCAACAGCGCGGUGGGCGCACGUGUGUUGAAUCACUGUGGUAGGUGUAGAUGGACAUGUGUAUCCUCCUGAGAAUUCCGCUGUGCCGCCAGAUAUUUGUUAUUUGCCACAUGGCCUUGAACUUCUUGAGUGACCUUGGGCUGGUCAGUCUCUUUC